AUGAAUUCUCUUCCCACGCCAUCGCACUGCACCGCCGACUUCUGCCUGAUCCCGAUCGGCACCUCCUCCCCCUCGGUCUCGGCUCAGGUUGCCGACGUCCAGCGCCUGAUCGAGCAGUCCGGGGUGAAAUACACGAUGCAUUCGGCGGGCACGACGCUCGAGGGAUCGUGGGACCGCGUUCAUCAGGUCAUCGGACAAGCGCAUACCCUCCUUCAUGAGCAGGGGGUUGUGCGCAUCCAGUCUGAUAUCCGAUCUGGGUCGAGGACUGAUAAAUUGCAGACAGCGGAGGACAAGGUGAAUAAAGUCCGGCAGUUGCUGGGUAAGGAGUAG